AAAUUUUAAAAAUGGACAUGAACAGUAUAUCACAGCGAAUAAAUUUAUCAGAUGGUAACAACAUGCCUAUGUUUGGGUUUGGAUGUUGGAACUUAGCUCCUGAAAAAGCGUUAGUUGCAGUGGAGUCCGCUGUGAAAAAUGGCUAUUGUUUAUUUGAUACCGCUGAGAAGUACAAGAAUGAAGAAAUGGUUGGAAAAGCUUUGAAAAACUCCACAUUGUCACGUGACCAGUAUUUUGUUGUGACGAAAUUGUUGCCAAGCAAGCAUGGAUACAAUAAAACAAAGGCGAGUUUACGAGAGAGUUUAACUCGCCUUGGCCUUGAUUAUGUGGACUUGUUUUUGAUACAUUCACCACACGAAGGAAAGAAUAUCGAGACAUGGAAAGCUUUUGUUGAGUUGAAGCAGGAAGGGUUGGCCAAAAGCAUUGGUGUUUCGAACUUUAAUGUUCAACACUUGGAAGGUUUAAUGGCAAGUGGGAUGGAGAGCCCUGCUGUUAAUCAAAUUGAGCUCCAUCCUUGGUACAUUCCGGAAAACUGUGUUGAAUACUGUCGAAAGCAUAGUAUAGCUGUCAUGGGGUACUGUCCCUUAGCCAGAGCACGUCUUUUCGAGGAUGGCAAAUAUGACAUCAUAGAUAAUCUUAGCAAAAAACAUCAGAAAACAAAAGCACAACUUCUUUUAAGAUGGGCUUUACAAAGAGAAUUUAUCACUAUACCAAAAUCAGCAAAUCCAGAAAGAAUUAAAGAGAACAGUGAAAUCUUCGACUUCGUUUUGUCUGAAGAUGAUAUGAAUUUGAUGAGUCAGCUAAAUCAGGAGCUUCAUAUCGCCAAAUGUUCAAGUGUCAUGAACGAACCUUGGACUGGGUGAACAGAAUUUCAACAAUGCUCUGAAUAACACGAAGACUAAUCGGUAUACGACGAAAACAAAACAUAUUUCUACGAAUAUAACAUUGCUUUUUAAAUGCAUACUUUUUUAAAGAAAACAAUACUUUCUUGAGAUAGAUUUCGAACUUAUUUUUCAACUUUACAUUAUGAACGCUAAAUCAAUGGUGAAAAUCUAUCUCAAUAAUUUAUUAUCUUCUCUCACUUUAGACGCGUCAUUAAACUUUUUCAUUUAAGUGAGGUACGAAUCAGAUGUUCUCUUUAUUAUCGUGGCUUACAUGAUUCACUUGCGCUAGAUAUAGGUUUAUUUGUUACUGACUUACUAUUUUUCUUCUAUGUUGUGUGGAGAUAUAUUUAGAAAUUUUUGUGAAAGCCGCCGCCCAUAAACAUAAA